AUGAACCCGGCAUGGAGCGUGCGCGCCGUCUCCGUCCCGGGGCCUGACAGCGAUACAGCGCUUUACGUCAGCUUUGACGAGGCGCGCUUCCUCUUCGGUGCCGGCGAGGGCACGCAGCGCUCCUUUCUCGAGAAGCGCACCAAGCUUGCUGGCGUUGGAGGCGUCUUCCUCCCCGGUGGCGCCAAGGGCCGCAAUGGCUUGCCUGGUGUUAUCAUGACGAUGGCCGACGCUGGCACGAACAAGCUGACCGUCGCUGGUCCCCCGGACAUGCUGCAAUACAUCGCUAACGGCAGUGACGCCUUUGCGCUGAACACGGAGGUUGCAAAGCGAGACCAGGGUCUGCAGAAGGUCGGAGACUUCCCAUCGCUCACAGUCUAUGCUCUUCCCGUUGGUCCGGAGCCGGUGCAGCACGAGAUCAAGGCGCCGACACCGCACCGGCCAGCCGUGCUGCAAGGCGAGCAGCUGCAAGAGUGGGAGGACGCCGUCGUGAAGGACAUGUUCCGGAAGAACCAGGGCAACACGAAGACGCUCGCGCGCCAGUUCGAGGGUCUGCAGCGUCCCGGCGCCUGCGAUUCCUCCUACAUGCUUCCGCUCGCGAAUGAGGCCGACCAGCAGACCGACAUGGUGUACAUCGCCCACGGCCCCGACGUGCGCGGACGCUUCGACGUGAAGAAGUCGCUCGAGCUCGGCGUUCCCAAUGGUCCCGCGCGAGGGAAGCUCACGAAGGGAGAGAGCAUCGAGGUCGACGACCCGAAUGCACCGGGUGGCAAGCGCAUUGUUCGGCCAGAGGACUGUCUCGUUGGUGGCUCUGUCGGCGCGAUUCUCGCCGUCGUUCAGUGCUCCCCGCAAAACAUUGAGCGCCUGACCAGCCACGAGGCACUUCGUCCCUACCUCGGUGAGGGAAGGGAGCACAGUGUGCGCACCGUUGUGCACGAGGUGACUCGGGAAGUCUGGGAGGACCCCCGGUACCAGGCGUGGCUUGCGCAGUUCGGCCCCGAGACGGUACACCUUGUCGCGCAGGCUGACGAGUCGGAGGGACCGAUCCACUACGGCGCGUCGGCCUGGCAGUGUCUGCGUCUCAACAUGAUCGACCCCGCCAUGUUCCCUCUGCCGCACUUUGUCGCAUUCGACCAGCAGCCGCAGUGGGCCAUGCCGCCGAACGCUGUGCGUCUUGUGCCCGGUCUCACGACUGGAAUGUACCCGGCCACGGCACCGGCGAUGGCGGAGCCAGGGCUGAAGGCGCAGCCGCCAUUCCCUUCUGCUCCUUCUGAGAUCGACGCUGCACGCCAGAAGAUUGCGGACGAGUCGCCCGAGUUUGCGGCCGCGUGUGCUGCCGGUCAGGCCAAGAUCGCUGCCGAGGAGAAGACGCGACAAGUCGCCUCUCAGCCCGGCGAUGACAUCGUUGUAACGACGCUGGGUACGGGCAGCGCCAUCCCGGCAAAGUACCGCAAUGUUUCGGCGACCCAUCUCGACGUCCCCGGCAUGGGUGGCAUCCUCCUCGACUGUGGAGAGGGUACGCUUGGCCAGCUGCGGCGCCGCUACGGUCCCGAACUGAAGCAGAUCCUGACGGAUCUGCGCAUGAUUUUCGUCUCGCACAUGCACGCCGACCACCAUCUGGGCCUCACGUCGAUCCUGGCCGAGCGCUUCCGCCUGGGCAUCACGUCGCGGCUAUACCUCCUCGCGCCGCUGCCUAUUGCGACGCAGCUCGCUGAGACGGCGUCCUGGCAAGAGGGCCAGACACGAGAAGCGCUCGACAACGUCCGGUUCCUGAACAUCAACCGGCUGAAGCGCGGCCUGAGCGCAAGCGAGGUUGGGCGGGGGCGUCGCUCUGACUCGGAGGAGCUCAGCGACGGCGUCGUCGAGGGCGAAGCGACCUUCGCGGCCGAUGUGGCCGCUGGGGUCCGGCGCUGGCCCUUCGCCAACUUCCAUCGGUACCACCCCGACCAGAAGGCGCGCUUCUGGUCCACGGUGCGGGACAUGUUUGCCGACCUGCAGCUCUCAGAGCUGCGCACGCCUUUUGUCGCCCACCGCGGCGCUGCGUUCGGACUCUGCCUCUCUCAUCGUGUGGGGUGGAAGCUAGCCUAUUCUGGUGACACGAAGCCGUGCGGCGCCUUCGUGCAGGCUGGUGAGGGCGCUGAUGUUCUCAUCCACGAGGCGACGCUGGAGGACGAGAAGCCCGAGGUCGCUGAGGCCAAGGGGCACAGCACAUUUGGUCAGGCGAUCGACGUAGGACGCAAGAUGCGCGCCCGCCACGUUAUUCUCAACCACUUCUCGCAGCGAUACCCGAAGGUCCCCGACAUUGCGCCGGUGCAGACGGCAGAGGGCGAGCACACUCCCGACGUGGCCAUCAGUUUCGACCUCAUGUCCCUUCGCGCAGGCGACACGUGGAAGAUGCAGCACUACAUGGACGCCGUGGGGCUGAUGUACGCGUCCGAGGAGGCAGAGGAGGCCGGCGGCGCCGAGGACGGUGCCGAUGACACCACCGAUGGCACCACCGAGGCGAACGGCGCCACCGUAAAUGGCAACGGAAAGGCGGGCAAGAAGGGCAAGAAGGCGGCCAAGAUGCAGCAGGACCUGACGCCUGCCGAGAAGGCGAGGGCGAACAAGCAGAAACAGAAGGAGGCGCAGCGCGAACUCCAAGCUAAGAAGCGGGCGGAGCAGGCCGCCACGGCCGCCGCUAAGAAGAGGGGCAGCGACGCUAGCGUCGAUAUGGAGGGGGCGGCCAAGAAGGCGAGGGCGGAACUAGGGAAAGCUAUUGGAAUCAACCACAGAUCAGAGGCGGUUGCCGGGACCGCAGCGAUACCCCGAUACACUUCAUGUCCUCCUCAGCACGAACACUCCGUAGACAUAGAUGGUAGUGGUGUGAUGCUCCUCAAUCGUAGCCCGCUUCAUGUAUUCCCGGCGUACGAUCUCAGAGCGGGUGGUGUGCGGAUCGAUCUCGCUGCUGGGACUGUCACCAAGAGCAAUCCAGCAGAUGAGACGCUGUCUGUGACAGCCAGUCGCAGCCAGUCAGAUGGCGAGGAUAUCGCAGCAGAACUCUAUAUCACCCGCGAUCAGAUCCGGAUGAUAAGCUUUCAAUAG